AGAGAGAGAGAGAGAGAGAGAGAGGGGUGCUUCCACGCGAUGCGUCACGGCCACGAGAAAAUGCGUAAUAUUUUGGGCUGUCAUAACUUUUUUAUUAUUAUUAGGAGAGAAGUAUUAUUACACCACCAUAUAUACUAAAUGAAUAUACAAUUAUUGGAAAGAAGAAAGACACCAUUUCCACCUCUUUUAAAUGCCUAAAUUUUCCCCGUGCACAGCAUCCAGAGAUAUAUAUCGCCACCCAUACUUUAAGGGUUAAUUGUGGAUUCAGAACAUGGCUUCCGUAACAAAAGGUCCUGCCUGUCAAACCUAUUGACCUUCUAUAACGACCUCUUCUCAGUUUGUGACGUAACCAAAUCACUGGACGUAGUCUAUCUUGAUUUCCAGAAAGUGUUUGAUAAAGUCCCACAUCAUAAAUUACUUCAUAAAUUACAGCAAAUAGGUAUUGACGGUCAAGUAAACCAAUGAAUCGCGAAUUGGGUGAGCAACAGACAACAAAGAGUUGUGAUUGACGGAUUUAACUCAGAGUGGGCGCCGGUCACUAGUGGCGUCCCUCAGGGCUCGGUUCUUGGCCCAGUGCUCUUCAUUAUUUACAUCAACGAUGUGGAUGUUGGACUCAAUAAUCACAUUAGUAAAUUUGCAGACGACACAAAGAUUGGUAACUCGGUUCUCACUGAGGAAGACAGGCAAAGCCUCCAAGAGGAUUUGCACAAAAUUUCAGCUUGGUCUGAUAGAUGGGAGAUGCCCUUUAACGUAGACAAGUGUCAGGUCCUUCAAGUUGGAACAAGAAAUAAGAAGUUCAAUUAUGAAAUGCGCGGCGUCAAACUCAAAAGCCUUCAAUGCGUCAAGGACCUGGGGGUCAAAAUCGCGUCAAACCUCAAAUUCUCACAGCAAUGCAUUGAUGCAGCAAAUAAAGCGAACAGAAUGUUGGGCUUCAUUAAAAGAAACUUUUUAUUUAAGAAUAAAGAUGUAAUACUUCCGCUCUACAAUAGCUUAGUCAGACCUCAUUUGGAAUGUGCGGUACAGUUUUGGUCUCCCCACCAUGCAAAAGACAUUGCUAAACUAGAAGUGUUCAGUGUCAGGCAACAAAAAUGUUCCCUUCCUUGCGCAACAAAUCCUACGAAGAAAGGCUUUCCACCCUUAACAUGUUUUCUCUUGAGAAACGUCGCCUCCGAGGAAAACUGAUCGAAUGUUUUAAAAUACUUUAUGGUUUCAUGAAUGUGGACAAAUCAAAAUUGUUCAUGAUUGAUGACACUUUGUGAACGAGGAACAAUGGCACAAAACUCAAAUGUAGACAAGUAAAUUCAGAUUGCACCAAAUAUUUCUUUACCAACGUUGUGGUGCGAGAAUGGAAUAAGCUCCCACCAUCAGUGGUCCAGUGUAACACGAUUGACUCCUUUAACAACAAGCUCGACCGUCACUUCCUUCAACUUAAUGUUAACUAGAGGGAAAUGCAAAGUUUUGGAGCCAUCUGAUCAAUGUAGAAUCACUUAUUUUAAGGACAGACCACCUAGCCUGGACCUUGGGGUCUGUGUGGUCUGAUUUUCUAUGUAAUUCUCCCCAAUAUUUGUUAAUGUCUUGUUGUUUUGGCAAGUGUUUGUUGCAUCCAUUGUUUGCUGUGGACUUUGUACAGCACAAGUGCUUGCAUUAUCUUGUCUCUUUAUUGAGGCAGAGGCCUUCUAGUAGUCAUGGAGGUCACAGCAUCCCAGGCAGUGGACAGCCUGGGUCUGGUCCCCUUGUCCGGCACCUUUGCUGCGUCUUCACGGAGAGCAAGAGGGAGCUUUCUUCUUUACUUCUUGGCCUCCGAGAGUGUUUAUUUGUCUCCGUGGUUGUUGUUUCCGGAGUUUUUGUCUCCUUUAAUCUUGUUGGUGACAAUUUGAUUCAUGUUUAAACAUGUCUGCUUUUAUUUCAUUUUUCUCUUUUGUUUGUUUUUGAUCCACGUUAUCUUGUUGUUCUUUGUCUCAAAGCGGCGACGCUCUGCACACUUCCCUGCUCUGUUCCUUCCCUUCCUUGAUGCCCUUUUCUGUGGUGGCUGUUCUGCAGCAUUGUUCUGUCUCUGUUUUCUGCUUCCCAUAUCCACAAGGUGCUUUUCAGCUGCCUGCUGCAUGGUUGCCUCCAGGUUGUCAAGGCCAGCUAGUUCACUGCUCUGGGUCUAUUUUGCCUCAGUUUCUUUGAUGCAGUUGUCACAAUAUUGGGGUUGAAAACCAGUAACUGUGUUGUGCUCUGCUACACUUUAUGGAAUUUGUAGAUGCUUUUGGUAUUCAGUUUGAAGCAUGUUUCUAUGAGGCUGUGAUCUUUGUCCCAACAGCCACCCCUGGUGCUGGUGCAGCAGCGAGGGUCUGAGGCGGGUGCCGUGCUGCGUCCUCACUGCCGCUGACUUCUGUUGCAGUGGAGGCUGCAGGGCCGGGCAGCAGCCUGAGGGGCCAGGACCAGCAGGAGCAGCCUGCCACUGCUGUGAGGAUCAGUGCCAGACCAUGCACUACAGUACAGUGCAAUUCCUUCAUCAUAUUUUGUGCCAAAGAAAAAAUUCAGUGCCAUAACUUUGAACAGCACCUUGCAUGCUCUGAUCAGGGGUGCUCAGGAGAACCACCACCACCACCACCUUGCUGCUGGCAUCUCCAGCCAUAAAGGAAAGGGAGAGUUUGAGUGAGAGAAGGUUUGAGACCGAGAGCAAGUUCACCAGACACAGCCUUGCACACACUGCUGAAGGCAAGCAUGAGUGCCAAGAGUGUGGGAAAAGACUCCCUGGGAAGGGUGACCUCAACAAACACACCCACACACUCUGGUGAAAGACCUCUUAAAUGCCUCGAGUGUGGCAAAGUGUUCAGUCACAAGAGUGACCUUCGUAGACACACCCUUUCACACACUGGUGAAAAACCUCAUGAAUGCCAAGAGUGUGGCAAAGUGUUCACUCAGAAGAGUCACCUUAACAGACACACCCUUACACACACUGGUGUAAGACCUCAUGAAUGCCAAGAGUGUGGCAAAGUGUUCAGUAGGAAGAGUGACCUUAACACACACACCCUUACACACACUGGUGAAAGACCUCAUGAAUGCCAGGAGUGUGGCAAAGUGUUCAGAUACAAGAGUCACCUUAACAAGCACACCCUUACACACACUGAUGAAAGACCUCAUGAAUGCCAAGAGUGUGGCAAAGUGUUCAGUAGGAAGAGUGACCUUAACAAGCACACCCUUACACACACUGAUGAACGACUUCAUGAAUGCCAAGAGUGUGGCAAAGUGUUCACUCAGAAGAGUCACCUUAACACACACACCCUUACACACACUGGUGAAAGACCUCAUGAAUGCCCUGAGUGUGGCAAAGUGUUCACUCAGAAGAGUCACCUUAACAGACACACCCUUACACACACUGGUGAAAGACCUCAUGAAUGCCAAGAGUGUGGCAAAGUGUUCAGUACGAAGAGUUACCUUAACACACACACCCUUACACACACUGGUGAAAGACUUCAUGAAUGCCAAGAGUGUGGCAAAGUGUUCAGAUACAAGAGUCACCUUAACAAGCACACCCUUACACACACUGGUGAAAGACCUCAUGAAUGCCAAGAGUGUGGCAAAGUGUUCAGAACGAAGAGUAACCUUAACGCACACACCCUUACACACACUGGUGAAAGACUUCAUGAAUGCCAAGAGUGUGGCAAAGUGUUCAGUACGAAGAGUUACCUUAACACACACACCCUUACACACACUGGUGAAAGACCUCAUGAAUGCCAAGAGUGUGGCAAAGUGUUCAGUAGGAAGAGUAACCUUAACAGACACACCCUUACACACACUGGUGAAAGACCUCAUGAAUGCCAAGAGUGUGGCAAAGUGUUCAGUAGGAAGAGUAACCUUAACAAACACACCCUUACACACACUGGUGAAAGACCUCAUGAAUGCCUUGAGUGUGACAGAAGGUUCUUUUCUAAGUCUGAGUUGAACAGCCACGUUUUCUCACACUCUGAUCUGAGAAAGUUCAAGUGUGAUAUUUGUCUAAUACAUGUCAAGACCAAGCAGAGUAUUGCCAGGCACAUGAAGAUCCACUUCCCCUGA